AGCCAUGCUUGCCAACUCGGCCACGAUGCGGAUCCUCAUCAAGGGGGGGAAGGUGGUGAAUGACGACUGCACCCUGGAGGCUGAUGUCUACAUUGAGAAUGGCAUCAUCCAGCAAGUGGGCCGGGAGCUCAUGAUCCCGGGAGGGGCCAAGGUGAUCGAUGCCACCGGGAAGCUGGUGAUCCCAGGCGGCAUUGACACCAGCACUCACUUCCACCAGACCUUCAUGAACGCCACCUGCGUGGACGACUUCUACCACGGCACCAAGGCUGCUCUGGUCGGAGGGACGACCAUGGUCAUCGGCCACGUGCUGCCUGACAGGGAGACCUCCCUCCUGGACGCCUACGAGAAGUGCCGGAGCCUGGCCGACCCCAAGGUCUGCUGUGACUACGCCCUGCACAUGGGCAUCACCUGGUGGGCCCCCAAGGUGAAGUCUGAGAUGGAGAGCCUGGUGCGGGAGAAGGGGGUGAACUCCUUCCAGAUGUUCAUGACCUACAAGGACGUGUACAUGCUGCGGGACAGCGAGCUCUACCAAGUCUUCCUCACCUGCAAGGACAUUGGCGCCAUUGCCCGGGUGCAUGCUGAGAACGGGGAGCUGGUGGCAGAGGGUGCGAAGGAGGCGCUGGAUUUGGGCAUCACGGGACCAGAGGGAAUCGAGAUCAGCCGACCGGAGGAGCUGGAGGCUGAAGCCACGCACCGUGUGAUCACCAUCGCCAACCGGGGUAACGCUGUGCCCAGGCGGCUGGUGCCAGCCCAUCAGAUGGCUCCCCAGGAUCCGUCUCAGGGUCCCUGUGCCCAGGCGGCUGGUGCUGGCCCGUCAGGCGGCCCCCCAGGGUCCCUGUGCCCAGGGAAGGUAGUGUAUGCAGAGACCACCACGGCGCAUGCCACGCUGACGGGCCUGCACUAUUAUCACCAGGACUGGUCUCACGCUGCCGCCUACGUCACCGUGCCGCCCCUGCGGCUGGACACCAACACCUCCACCUACCUUAUGAGCCUGCUAGCCAACGACACCCUGAAUGUCGUGGCUUCGGACCACCGGCCUUUCACCAGCAAGCAGAAAGCCAUGGGCAAGGAGGACUUCACCAAGAUCCCGCACGGUGUGAGCGGCGUGCAAGACCGCAUGAGCGUCAUCUGGGAGCGGGGUGUGGUCGGGGGGAAGAUGGACGAGAACCGCUUUGUAGCCGUGACCAGCUCAAAUGCAGCCAAGAUCCUCAACCUGUACCCACGGAAGGGCCGCAUCAUCCCUGGGGCCGACGCAGACAUUGUGGUGUGGGACCCUGAAGCCGCCAGGACCAUCUCUGCCAGCACCCAGGUGCAGGGGGGAGACAUCAGCCUGUACGAGAACAUGCGCUGCCACGGGGUGCCGCUGGUCACCAUCAGCCGUGGGCGCGUAGUCUACGAGAACGGCGUUUUCAUGUGCGCUGAGGGCACUGGCAAGUUCUGCCCGCUCCGCUCCUUCCCCGACUCCGUCUACAAGAAACUUGUUCAGCGGGAGAAGGUAGGAGG